AUGACGCACGCGGCGCGCGGUACGGACGAUACUAUGAACCUGGACGAGACGGUGACCACACCGCCCGAGAGCGAGUCGCGAGCCGAUGCUCCCGGUCCGACGUGGCCCCCGCGGCCGCGGGCGUCGGGCGGCCAGCGCUGGACCGACAGCGACAGCAUCAAGCUCAAGGUCGCCUACGACAAGAGUCCGAGCAACUGGACGCUCAUCGCCGCGCAGUUCGACAACCGCACGCCGGGCGCGUGCCGCGACCGCUACCGCACGAUGUACGACGAAGCCGACUCGGAGUCCAAGUCCGACGAGAAGCGCGGGCCCGCGGCGGCGCCCGCCGGCGAUCAGCCGCCGAAGAAGAAACGGCCGCCCAGGUGGACGCCGGGCGAGGACGCGGAGCUGCGGCGCCUCCACGCGGAGCACAGUAAGACCCCGUCCAAGUGGGACGUGAUCGCGGCGGCGAUCGGCACGCGACGAACAGCGUCAGCGGCCGAGCACCGGUGGGCGAUUAUCAAGAACAAGAACGCCACGGCGCCGGCGGUCACGCGCGCGCUCGCGGCGUCGGACGACGACGUGGCCUCCUCGGACUCGCCGACGCCGACGCCGCCGUCGGCCAACGAGGCGCCGCGGCUCGCGGCGCAAACAUCAGUGGACUUGCGCGAGGCGCGGCCACCAGUGGACCCUUCGAUAAGGGCUACGGUCGAGCGCAUGGUCGCACAGACUGCAAAACCGGACGAGACGCCGUCCGCCGCCGCGACCGCGUGGAUUUCACGGUCCGAAGGCGACGCUGCCGACGCGGCGUCGGAGACGAUCGGACGCCUGGGAAUCGACCUCGUGUCGACCAUGGCGCGGCCUCCGCUGCCGCCGAGACGCCCGCACGAGCCUCCGCGAAAAACCUCAAAGCCCGGCCCCUGGUUCCAGUUCUGGCUCGAGAACGACGCGGCGGCGUCGGAGGAGUUUUGGAAGACCCUGGGCGAAACCGAAAAGCGGCCGAUCCGCGUGCUCUGGACGCGCAAGUACGAGGAGAGCUUACGGGCUUCGGGCCAGAGCCCCCGACUCGAAGCGCCGCCGGCGGUACCGCUCGCGACGCAGCAGCGGACCAAGGGCGCCACGACGCCUGACACUGUAUCUGAGUCGGUGCCCGCGCGGGACGAGACGAGCUCGAAGGUGCGCUCUUGCCCGGACUCCGCCGACGAGUCCGAGAAGGAAGCUACCCCACGUGUGUGGGCUCUGUUCGAGGCGGAUCCAGGUAUCCAACGGUGGUGGGGCGGGACAGUCGUCGGCGCGAGCGGCUCCGGAGCUUCGCGUGUUCUUGAUAUUGUGUUUGAUGACGGCGAGCGGCUAGGCAUACUCGAGCAGCGUGUGAAGACGGAGCAGCCCAUGCCGCUGCCCAUCAAUACCCCAACAGCGGCAGCCAAGAAACUUCUCCGAAAGCUCUCGGGCCGGCGGCCGAGGAAGCGGGCGCGGCGCUCUACGCCUGUCGCCACCCACGGCCGCUCGACGCGGACGAGACGCGGGCCAGCAAAAUCCUACGCCCAAUCCGAUAGCGAUAGUGAUGACGCUGCCGAACGGCCGCGUCCGCCGCCGCGUUCGCCGGGGCCGCUCCCCAAAGACUCGACGUGCUGCAUUUGCCUCGACCCGGUUCUGCGCCGGCGCGACGCGAUCAUCUUCGAGUGCGAGCAUUUCGUUUGCAAGAGCUGCUCGUCUGAUUUGGCCCGGCACACGGCCGAAGCCGGCGCCGUCUCGACGCGGCGCGGCGUCUCGGUGGCGUGUCCACUUUGUCGGCGGCGGGCGAAGCUCGAGAUCUCUAACUAACUUUGGUUGUUUGAAUAGAUCUCGCUGGUCUAGUGACUAUAUUGAUCUAGGCCGCGAGGCGCCUGAGUCUUUACAAAGCUCGCUCUGCGGUGCUACAAACGCUGCAGACGUGCCAGCAUUCGUGGCCACAGCUACGAUCAAGAUCUCUGGCGGGCGGCCUUGCUCGGUGCCGUACGAGCACAUAUCAGUGAAGUUCGGCUGGUGCCUCCUGUGGUGGGCAUCGACGUUCGGGCGACGCGCGCUGAUGGACGACCUAGACGCGUGGCUGGGGACGAGCCUGGGACCUGAAAACCUUCGGGCCGAGGUAAGACAGGCCUGCGGAGGGUCCUUGGAAGAUCUGCAAUCGUGCGAGCUCGAGGAUCUCGAGAGCGAACUGUCGCUGAGUACGUGGCCGCCGCUAGAACGACAACGCUUUUUGAGGGCGUGGCGCGAACUGAGAGGGGAGAACGACGUCGACGACGCCGACGACGCCGCGCUUGACGACGCCGCGGCCGACACGGACGAGGACGAGCCGGCGGAAGCGCCGCAGCCGCCGAGCCCGGCGCCGGCGCCGGCGCCGGAACCAGUGAGCCCGCCGCCGCCGGCCUUACCCGCACCUGCUGAGGGACCGCGCUACCAGGUCGGCGAUCAAGUAGAGGCGAGGUGGAAGGGCGGCGAGCGGUAUUACCCUGCGCUGGUCCUGGUCGCCCGCGUGGACGGCAGCGUCGACCUCCGCUACACGGACGACGACACGGAGAGCCGCGUGCACCCCUCGCUGCUGCGACCGCUAUCGCGCCGGCGGGGCCGGGCGCGGCGAGCGCCGCCGCCGCCCGCGCCGGUUGCGGAGUCCUCCGACGCGGAGUCGGAGCCUGCGCCGGCCGAGCCCGAGCCCCUUGCUUCGCCGAUGGCGGAGGAGCCGUCCGACGCCGAGUCGGAACCCGCGGAGCCCGCCCCUUCGCCGAUGGCCGAGGAAGAGCCCGUCGCGCCGGAGUCGGAGCCUGCAGCGCCGCCCGCGCCCAUGCCGGAACCGAUGGCCCCGGAGUCUGACGAGCCCACGGCGCCCGCGCGACCGCCCACGCCAGAACUAGACGUCAAAGCGGGAAAGGAGCGCUCCCGGCGGGAGCAGAGCGAGAUGGACCGGGCGCUCGAGGCCGGGCGCGCCGCGGCGCUUGCGGCCGCGGCGGCGGUUGACGCAGCCGAGGGGUCCGCGGUCGAGGCGACGUCGAACGCGUCGGAGGCCGUUGCGGCGGACCGCGCGGCGGCCGGCGACCGGGCCGUCGCCGCGGCCGCCGGCGCGCGUGCCCACGCGGCGGGGUCGUGUCGCACGGCCACCGCGACGGUCGUCGACGCGCUGGACAAGGCCGAUGCUCUGCCGGCGCCGGUCGCGACGACCGAGCCCGAGGCGACGGAGCCGCCACCAAUCUCCACGCCGGCGGUAGAGCUGGCGCCGCCCGCCGCCGCGCGGACGCCGUCGCCCGCGCCCGUGGCGCCCGACGAGCCGGCGCCGAUGGACACAACGCCGUCGCCGGCCCAUGACGCGCCGGCCGCGGCCGCGAGCGCGAUGGACGUCGACGCGACGGAGACCGCGAGCGUCCUGGACCGCCUCAGAGCGGACAUGGUGCGCACCGUCGACAUUGCGAGUCGACACAAUCGCCCGCCCAACGUAGACUGGCGGAUUGGGCACACCUACAGCUUCCUAGGGGCAAUGCAUGCCCUGGGCGCCGACACCAGGGCGACGCUCGCUGAAGCUCUUAUCAGGGGCCGUCGCGGCGAGAUUGAGCCCAGCACCGCGCGGCGGGCCGUGGCUCGGAUCCUCGACGGGAAUCUCAGGACGCUCGAGCGCUUCCAGCACACGCUCAGGCAAAUUAGCGCGCCGAUCGCGUCCGCGGCGACAGUGUCGUGGUACGAUCCAGCCUCCGGCGUCGAUCUGUACGCGUAUGCUACUUGUGGUGCUGCAGCGAAAGAAUGGGGCGUGCGCGACGUGGACAUCCGCGGAUGCGUCGAGGGCAACGUGGACACAGUCAACGGACUGCAUUUUCGACGGCAGGCGCGCUGGCCUGUCCCUCCGGGCGCCGAACGCGUGAGCGAGGGCGUCUAUCGCGUCGGAGACGAUCGGUACCGCGUGCAGCUCGGCCACGACUGGGGCUUCCUCGGAAACUUUGAUAGUGCUGGAGCAGCAGCGCUGGUGCAUGCAGGAGGGUGGGAGCGGCUGCGACACGCGCGGCGCAGCCUCGAGGCGCACACUCUUCGGCAGCUGACCGAGGGCGCUACGGUUGACCUCAGCGGGUGCUACGUCUUGCUGCGGCGAAUCGCCUCAGGCACGAGUUUCCCGACGGCCUUCGCGGUGCGCAAACACCGGGUCCCGUUUGCGCCGUUCGACGGGCCCCACGACGCCUACUUCGUCUCUCGGCGUAGGGGGCGGGAGAUUCCCUACGGCACGGAACUGUUGAACGCCCACGUGCAGCGACUUGAACGGGAGCUCACGUGGUGGGAUCCGCGGGACCGGUCUCGGGGCCUCUGCGCGCAACGGCUCGUCGCGCGCGACGGCAACCAACAAUACCACGGAUACCAGUACCAGCUUGUACGGCGGGAUGGCGACGCCGCCGCUGUCGAUGGCGCCGACGCCUCGCUCGUGCAGCUCUGGCGGCGUACGGCUGUCCCGGCGCCCGUGGCGCCCGCGGUACCGCCCCCACCCGCCGAUUGGGCCCAGUGUGCUGCGUGCGACAAGUGGCGAGUCCUACCGGCCAACGUUUCAGCCGCCACAUUAUCGGACGACUGGAAGUGUGGCGACAUCGGCCUUUCGUGCUCCACGGUGUGAAAAUCACGAACUGACGUCGCGUCGAUGGCGUGGAGCGAGACGAUGAUUCCGCGCAGGUGUUCGAAGGUCGCGUGCUCGCUCGAGGACGCCGACUGUGCGUGUCACCGACGCGGGUGGGACGGCGAAGUGGUGCUGCUCACUUCUGCGGGCGCCAUCACCGCGACGUACUGCUCGCCCGCGGGCGCGGCGGCCGCGCACGGUAUGACGUGGCAGGACGCGCAGCGGCGAUGUUCGUCCAAAGCCUUGACGAAAGCGAAGAUCGAGUCUAGUACUCCGCCCAUCCUGCGCUACGCGACGGCGUGGGAUGGCGAAAUCAAACGGCGCGAGGCAGCUAAGGCCGCGACCGAGAAGCGCAAGGUUGCCCAGCAGGCCGCUGCCGCCCGGCAAAAAGACGCGGCGGCAGCGGCUGCCGCCGCGGCGGCCGCGAUGGCCGCGCUACGAAAGCCGGCGGAGUGGGCGCAGUGCUCGUCGUGCGAACGGUGGAGGUUACUACCGGAGGGAGCUUCGGCGGCCAGCGACGCCGCUUGGACCUGUGCUGACGUCGGCGUCUCCUGCGAGAAGGUGCAGUGUUCGGCGGAAGACCCGGAGUGCGAAUGUCACGCGCCCGGCGUUGAUAGAGCUGUCGUGUCUGUGUCGCCGGAAGGUCGCAUUGUUGAAACCUACUGUUCACCUUCUGGGGCCGCGGCUGCGCUUGGCAUGGCUCGGAGCCGCGCCGCCGAGUGCUUAAAUACGAGACAGGUCUCCAAGGUCAAUAAUGUGCUGCGCUAUGCGAAAGACUGGGCCGAAGAAGUCCGAAGCCGUAAAGCGGAGGCGCGGCCGCGCGUUACGUGCACCUUGUGCCGCAAAGUGCGCGUCGUACCGCCGGGUAUUACGAUCGAGGACGAGGAGGACUGGAAAUGUGACGAUGCGCCCGAAAACUGGUUCGCCGCCUCAAACACUUUAAUGAGGCGCCAGCGCCUAUCGUGCGAGACGCGCGAGUGCUCCACUGGCCAGCCGUUCUGCUCGUGUCAGGCAAAUAUGGGCCGCGGCGUCGAUCAGACGCGUGAUGAUGGCGUCAUCGUGCGACACUGUAGCGUCGCCGCGUGUGCGAGGGCAUUGUACCCUGACGCGCCCGACGCCGAGCUCUGGAAGUCAAAUGUCGUCUCGUGUAUCGAGAAGGGCAAACCGUACGCCUACGAUAAGGACAACGACGAAAAGGGAAGGGCGUUCAAGGGCUCGACGUUCUCGUGGGCGAGGAGUGACUGUGCGUAUUGCCUAAGCGGCGCGAAUCCGGAGACGAUAUUAUUGUGCGACGGCUGGAAUUGCGCCAAUGAGGCCCAUUUCCAUUGUGCAGGGUUAGAUGCGAUCCCGAGUGGCAAAUGGUUCUGCUGCGAGGCGUGUGAGGCGAACCCGGCCCCGGAAGUUAGGUCGCGGAGCGCGCCGACGGGCGAUAGGCGGGGUCGGUGCGGCGCCUGCGACGGCUGCCUCGCAGACGAAUGUGGAACGUGCAAGUGGUGCCUCGACCAGACGAAGCGCGGUGGCGCGAACACGCUCCGAAGGCCGUGCAUCUUUCGUCGCUGCGAGCAAGUAUACGAUGACUCGAAGGCCAGGUUCCGCGCGGCGCGGGGCUCUACCGCGGCGACCGCGCCCGCCGAGGAGCCCGACGAGCCUGGGCCGGGUACGCGCGUCUGGGCGCUGUUCGACGACGACAGCUUGCCUCAGAGUUGGUGGGGCGGGACGAUUAUCUCCAUUAGUGGCGUCGCCGAGGAAAUGAGGUAUGAGGUCGUGUUCGAUGAUGGCGAGCGGCAGGGCGUCUACGCUGCGCAUGUUUUUCACUCGCCGCCGGACGACCCGUUGCCCGUCUCCGGCCCGAAUGCCAAAGCGAAAGCUGUGCUGGAGAAGGCGCUGCCGAAGAAGAAAACACCGGCGCCACGGAAACGGCCAGCCCCGAAGCGGCCGGCGGCGGACUCCCAGCCGCCAUCUCAGCCGCCGCGGCCGCAGAUGCCGACCGGGAAUUGUCCGGUCUGCUACGAGCCGUUCCGGUCCGGUGAAGUGAAAUCAUUCAAUUGCGGGCACCAUUUAUGUACUACUUGCGGCGAAGCGCUUGCCCGGCACAAGGCCGAGCAGGGCGUGAACACGACGCGACAGGGCGUCCAGGUCUCGUGCCCACUGUGUCGGAAGCGGGCACGCGUUGGACUGGCGUAGUAAUGAUAUGUUGGUUGUUAUUCAUCACCCCUA